UUGCAACGCCUCCUGCGCCAGCCGGCCGCGGGCAGCAGCCGAGUCCCCGCCCCGCCAAGGACGGCCAAGGCGGGGAGGGGAAGAGAGAGAGCGAGCGAGCUAUGCAAAUCGGGCUGGAUGAGAUCAGUCGGGAGCAACUGGCUGUGCAACUUCGGAGCAGGACUCUUUUCCCUCGCCAGUUGCAAGGCGGCUCGGCUCCGGCUCGCGCUUUUGCGCACGGCAGACGCGCCUUCUCUCUGCGCCCUGGCUCCCGGCUGGAUUAUUCCUCUUGCCAAGUGAGCUCCGGAGCUGGAAUUUCUAUCUUUCUGUCUUGGCGGAGUUAAUUCUCUCUUUUCUUUCCGCCGCAUUUUACCCGGUUCUGUAACUGGCUGGAUUUAAGCGCUGUUUUGAGUUUGAAGAGGAGAAUCCAGAAAAGGCAUGAAGACUCAACUGUCGGUGUAAUCAUCGCAGAGCCCAGAGAGCAUGGUGCGACUCGCAGCGCUUUGCUUGCUGCUCUCGGCGUCCCUUGGUGCAUCGGAGUUGGAAGAGCACUUCGAUCCAGCUAAGUGUCGCUAUGCAUUGGGAAUGCAGGAUCGCACCAUCCCGGAUGAGGCCCUCUCAGCCUCCAGCUCAUGGUCUGACUCGACGGCCGCCAAACACAGCAGGUUGGCGCUGAGCGAGGGAGAUGGAGCCUGGUGCCCUGCAGGACCCGUCUACCCUAACGAUGCGGAGUACUUGGAGAUAGACCUGCGGCGGCUGCACUUCUUAACCUUGGUGGGCACGCAGGGUCGCCAUGCGAGCGGUCACGGCAAAGAGUUUGCCCGCUCCUACCGGCUACACUAUAGCCGGGACGGGCACCGCUGGAUGCCUUGGCGGGACCGGUGGGGCAACGAGGUGAUUUCGGGUAAUGAAAAUACAGAAGAAGUGGUGCUGAAGGACCUGGGCCCCCCGGUUAUUGCCCGUUACGUCCGCUUCUACCCACGUGCGGACCGAGUCAUGAGUGUCUGCCUGCGCGUGGAGCUCUAUGGCUGCGUCUGGAAAGAUGGACUUCAGUCGUACACGGCUCCUCUCGGCCAGGUCAUGCCUCUAGUUCCAGAACCAGUCUACCUGAAUGACUCCACGUAUGAUGGGCACAGCGUCAGCAACUUGCAUUUUGGGGGCCUUGGCCAGCUGACCGAUGGGGUGAUUGGCCUGGACGAUUUCACCCACAACAAAGAGCUGCGCGUCUGGCCGGGGUACGACUACGUAGGCUGGAGGAACAGCUCUUUCCCCAAGGGGUUCGUCGAGAUGGAGUUUGAGUUUGACCAGCUCAGAUCCUUCACUUACAUGAAGGUCCACUGCAACAACAUGCACACGCACGGGGUGAGCGUCUUCCGGCAGGUGGACUGCCUCUUCAAGCGCAGCCUGGCCACGGCCUGGGAGCCCACGCCUGUCUCGCAACAACUCGCCGUGGACGUGAGGGAUCCCAGCGCCCGGUCCCUCACGGUGGACCUGGGAGGGCGGCUCGGCAAGUUCGUCCAGUGCCACUUCCACUUUGCCGGCGAAUGGAUGCUUUUCAGCGAAGUUGGCUUUCUCUCUGAAGUUGUGGAUGACCCUUCCUUCUCGGCCUCAAGCCGUCGCCCUCCUGUGAUUGCUCUGCCUCACCCCUUGGGCCACGACACUCCCAUCUCACCGGCUCUGGGUUCUGCGCAGAGCGAAAAAGCCAACAUUGGUUCAAACCUCACGCUCCAAGAUCUGGAAAGUCAAGGGGAACCAAAAUCAGGGCAGCCCAUUGCAAAGGACGACAACAGCAACACCUCCAUCCUGAUUGGGUGCCUGGUGGCCAUCAUCCUUCUCCUAUUGGUUGUCAUCUUCCUCAUCCUCUGGCGGCAAUAUUGGCAGAAGAUCUUGGGGAAGGCGCAACGCCGCAUCUCAGACGACGAUCUCACCGUCCACCUCUCGGCGCCAAGCGACACCAUCGUCAUCAACAACACGAUGGGCUCCCACCGGCACUCGAACCGCUACGAGCGCAUCCACUCGGGGGAGACGGAGUACCAGGAGCCCAACAGGGCCCGCAUGAAACUGCCGGAUCUGCCCCACAGCGUCGAGAACUCCGCUCUGCUGCUCAGCAACCCGGCUUACCACCUCUUCCUGGCCACUUAUGCCCAGCCAAUGGGAAGGCCUGCUUUCCCGCCACCCAACCGGGUUAAGCCAAUCAACACCAAUGCGUGUGGCGCUGACUACAUGGAACCGGAAACCGCGGGAAGCCAGCCAGGCUUCCAGAACAACGUUCCGCAUUACGCUGAAGCCGACAUCAUCAACCUUCAAGGGGUGACGGGCGGGAACACCUACGCGGUCCCGGCUAUCGCGGUGGACGCCCUUGCUGGCAAGGACAUGGCGCUGGGCGAGUUCCCCCGGGAGAGGCUCAUCUUCAAGGAGAAGCUGGGCGAAGGGCAGUUUGGAGAGGUCCACUUGUGUGAAGUGGAAAACCCUCAGGACCUUCCGAGCCUGGAGUUCCCCUUCAAUGUGCGCAAGGGGCGCCCUCUGCUGGUGGCUGUGAAGAUUCUACGCUCUGACGCCACUAAGAAUGCCAGGAACGAUUUCCUGAAGGAGGUGAAGAUCAUGUCUCGCCUGAAGGACCUCAACAUCGUCCGGCUCCUGGGCGUUUGUGUGAGAGACGACCCCCUGUGCAUGAUCACCGAGUACAUGGAGAACGGAGACCUCAACCAGUUCCUCAGCGGACAUGAGAUGGAAGACAAGCUGGGCGGGAGCCCCAGCGGCAAGCCGACAAUCGGCUAUCCUACCCUGGUCCAUGUGGGGGCCCAGAUUGCCUCAGGAAUGGCGUUCCUUGCCUCCCUCAACUUCGUGCACCGGGAUCUGGCGACGCGGAACUGCCUGGUGGGCGAAGGUUUCACCAUCAAGAUCGCCGACUUUGGCAUGAGCCGGAACCUCUACGCCGGGGACUAUUACCGCAUCCAGGGCCGGGCAGUGCUGCCGAUCCGCUGGAUGGCUUGGGAGUGCAUCCUCAUGGGCAAGUUCACCACAGCCAGCGACGUCUGGGCGUUUGGCGUCACACUUUGGGAGGUGCUUAUGCUGUGCCAGGAGCAGCCCUACAGCCAGCUCACUGACGAAGCCGUCAUCGAGAACGCCGGCGAGUUCUUCCGGCACCAGGGCAAACAGGUCUAUCUCUCUCGUCCUCCUGCCUGCCCGCUGGCUGUCUACGAGAUGAUGCUGAGGUGCUGGGCGCGAGAGGCUAAGGACCGCCCCUCUUUCCAACAUCUGCACCGCUUCCUGGCUGAAGAUGCCCUCAAUAUGGUGUGAACCGAAUUGGUGCCGGCCAGCGGAGAUUAUGUUUAAGGACUUGAGUUGCGCCACAGAGACUGCUGAGGGAGGAGGCAGGAUGGAGCUCAAGAGGGCCUCAGGCUCUGGGGUGCCUGCGGGGGGCAUCUUGUCUGCCCAUCCUUGACUCAGCCUUGGUUGGUCCACCCAUUGCUCUCCAUCCACAUGAUUUUCUCUCUCUCUCUCUCUCUCUCUCUCUCUCUCUCUCUCUCUCUCUCUUUCUCCCCCUACCCCAAUUGCUCCAUCACUCUCUUCUGCUAAUCUUUAACCGUCUCUCAAACAUCUCAUGAUUCAGCACUGCCAUACAUUUCCAACACAUUUCCCCUUCUCUGUUUUCUGGCCUACCUGUUCACAUACGUACCCAAUUCUCUUCUCGUCCCGGUUCCUCUUCCUGUCUGAUGCAGUUCUACUUUGAUUCAAUCAAUCUGCCUUAAUCUGAACAAACUUCACCAGUACCCACAUGUUGAAUGUGUUUCCACUGAAUUCCUUUCAUCCGCUGACCUUUUCUGUUAUUCCCCUGUAUAUCCAGGUUCUCAAAGUGUGAGUUGAGCCUCCCACUAAGGCAGCACGGGUUGCUGUUGUUGGGGUCUGCUAGAAGGCCCUCCCUAACCUCAUUUUAUCAAUGUUGCGCCAGGUUACAAGUCUUCUGAUUGGCCAAUGCUCACCCACUCGCUUCCAUCUGGGCAGUUCCAUGCUGGGCACAGUGUUCCUGCAGCUAUGAUAGAUGGCUAAGUGUAUAAACUUGGAAGACCUGGAUUCAGAUCUUAUCGCUAGGUGGCCUUAAUUAACCCUGUUCCCUUGGCUAUGGUCCCCUAGCUGUAGUAUUGAGUGUGGGUGUGUAAUGACACCAGCCUACUUUACAGGGUUCCUGUAACCAUUAUUGAGAUAAAGCUAUGUAGGACACUUCUGAACACCCCCCAAAACUAAGAAUGAAUUCCAUGCUGAACUUCAUUCUGUUGGGCCAAUGUGACAGUGCUGUGAUUAGGAAGGAUUUUCGGUGGAGCCGCACCUCUUCCCCUGAGGACCAUGAAACACCAGGAUCCCACUGGCCAAGGUCCCAGAGUGAGGUUUAGGAGCCUCAGGCAGGUGUAGCCUUCCCCACCUGACCAGCUAGGAUAUGGGCAACUUUACAGACAUCCAGCUGUGGAUCCUCAUUGACUCUCUGUCUCUGUGUAUAGGUGACUGCCCCUCAAUACAGCCCAUCAUGCCAGAUGAAUUAGGAAGAGAUGUGCCUAUGUUCUAAUACGUUCUCCCGUGUGUGUGUGUGUGUGUGUGUGUGUGUGUGUGUGUGAUUUCAGGAGGGGCUGGAGAAGCCAUGUCCACAAUCCUGUUUUUGAUGCAGAAGCUUGGUGGUUGCUCCCAUCCUCAGACAUUUGCACAUAGCAGUAGGCAGACAACCGCAUGCAAGGGUCUCUUAGAACCGUGGAAUUAUGAGUCUUUUCUGCUGCAAUACGGGGAUCUUUUGCGCAACUUGGGGCUCAAACCCACGACCCUGAAAUUUAGAGUCUCAUGCUCUUCUGACUGUGCAUAUUCCAGCUAUCCUGGGAUCAAAUGUUUAGUGCUGGUUAUGGGGAGCCUGGAGGGGGAAACAAAAAGUUCCCCCCCAUCGCCACAACCUUGCUUUAUGGAGGCUCAGUAUUUUACCCUUUGAGAACUUGCUCUCUGUUCUCUUUCCUGCCCAUCCAUACUCUUUUCCCAGAGAGUGUGACUCUCUUACCUGCCAUCCCUUCCUGAGAAAGUUGGGGGUGGGAGACUCCACACUUGGGGGGCUACAUUUCUGCCUUUGAGUUUCAUUCACAACUGGACUGACACUGGCUGAACCAAUAAGGACCCUUUGUUCUGAGCACACUGGGAUUAACUGAGCACUGGAUGUUUGGAGAGGCUGGAAGAAAUGAUUUCGAGGGUACUUUGCUAAUCCAUUGUAGCUGGGAGAACCCAGUACUAGCUGCUCUGUAGGGGUAAGUGGGGUGGGAGCGGGGGGGGGGUACCUCUUGGCAGGAGACCAGGCUGGCAAGAUCUGGUGAGGCUUUGGGCUGGGUACAAUCAUGGCCCAACCUCAAAAAGGGAAUUGACCCUUGGUUUCCAAAAGGGCUGGUUUUCUGUUCUCCCUUAGCCACGUGCCACAGAUCCAAGCCAUGCCCGGCUCUCCUCUCUCCUGAAUUCGUUUCCCCUUCCUUUCCUGGAGACUUGAGGUGACGUGAUUGUAGAUACUGUACUGCACGAAGCAGUGGCGCAGGGACGCACUUUUCCAAAGCAAGCAGAGGUGCUGGGGGAAUCGAUCCAUUCCCCCCCCCCCUUCUCUCUGCGAUUCCAUUGUGGAGACUCCCCCGAGAACGUAGCCUGAAACUCAACACCAGGUCGUGCUCAACGGCAGUGGGAUCUAUCUGCAUAGAAGCCUGUACUUCGAUUUGUGCUAGAUCAGGGGGUGUCUCUACACAGGAAGUUCCUCUUAACAGGUAACCCAUGCAAUAAGCUUUGCCGGUGCCAAUGCCCCGUUUAGUGGGAAGGAGAGGGAAAUAAUGUUUUUCUUCCUCCCAGUGUUGUUGGGUUUCCCAAUUAAAGUUAAAAGUAGCAUUUUCCGUCGACUAAGAGCGGAUCCGUUUCAUCAAGCGUCUUUCAAAAUUUAAAGCUUUUUGAGUAGAUAGUUGCAGAGAGCAUUUAUAAGUUAGGGGGUGGCAGAUUAUCAAAGCAGUAACCAAGAGAAUACAAAGAUGGAAAUUAACUCUACCAAGCACCGCCCUUCAGAAUCAAUGCCGGGGCAGUCCAAGCCAACGUCUGUUCACUCAACGUUCCACUUAGUUCACUGGGGCAAACGCCCAGGUCCAUUUGCAGGGGGUUUGCAGCAUAAGCCCCAUCCCAUUGUUUUCAAUGGGAUAUAUACACCACAAUCCUAAAAUGUUCAAUCAGGAAGGAAGUCCCAGUAAGUUGAAGGGGUUUUUCUUUCAAGUGAGCGCACAUAGGAUUGCAGCCUUAGUCAUGACUUGCUUCUGCUUAACGAGGACAAACUAAUUUUUUUAAUUACGUAUUUUCAAUGGUGUGAAACGACUCAUCAUAACUAGAUGUAUAUUUCUAUUUCAAGAAAUUUCAGGGGCGCGUUAUGCCCGCCGUUACUUCUCUGAUUUGUUGCCUCUACGCAAUCUUGUCGAAUGCCUUUUUGUGUGUGCGUUUCCCUGGGGAAUACUUGUAGCUGUUUGCGUCUUCUUUGUACUGUGCAUCAGGAUGUGUAUAUAUUUGAAAAGCAGGAGAAAAAGACAGAAUUUUUACACUAAUAUAUAGAUGUUUGGGGGUGGUUUUUUUUUUUUUUUAGUCCUUUCCAUUUAUGUGGUGAAUAAAGCGCUUUGCAUUUUGUACAGUC